AAAAAGUUUUCGAGCUAAUGCAUGAUUGGAAUCCCAUUUACCUCCUGAACAUUCUAGUUUUAUUACUGACACCAAAUGAAGAGCUUCAAAAAUAUGUUCCAAUCCUGGUGUGGGCAGCUAAAUUUUUAACUAAAGAAUCAGAGGACAACGACAACGACAACUACUGGGUAGAAUAUACGCUAUCAAUAUGUGGAAUGCUUGAGAAAUGUUAUGAUAUGGUUAACAUAAAAAUGAAAGUGAAAUGGGGGAGUGAGUAUUGCUCAUGUGGUGAACCAUUCCAACAGCCUAUGCAUUCGAAAUGUGGUCAUUUUUGUUGUAAAACUUGUUACAAGAACAAAAUCAUGAGCAGAGAUCCUAGAAAGUGUCUAACAUGUGACGACAAGCUAGAAGACAAUGACGUUUUUCCAGCAGUGCCAAGAAACGAAAUGAAUAAAUUAAAUCAAUUCAAAUCAAACUGCACUAGCUUCUUUAAAGAAUUUAUAAAAAGUGUAUGUAGCAUGAAAAUAUUUGAAAAAGGGUACGAUUUGGUGCGUCUCUUUUUCGAGUUAGUCUGUGAAGAAGAUUGGCAAUCUGAUGAGCUCGACGAAGAUGCUAAUGAUGCACAAUCUGAUGAUUCUGAUGGAAUUGAGCAUUUGGAAACUAUGGCUUUAGAUUUGGAUGUCAAUACAAAAAGUUUUAUAUUAUCCGAGCUAUUGAGGGAAUGCAAUACAAAAAACGAAAUAAAAGACAAAAUUGAGAAAAAAUUGAAAAACUUGAACAAAGAUAAACUUACAGACUUUGUGAGAGUUCUACUUUAUCUCAUGGAGCAAAAAGUGGAGUGCCAAACUGCCUGGGCCCAUUGUAACGAAUAUUUUCAAAAUUUCUGUGAAAUAAUUUUUCAGAAUGAGCAUGUACAAUAUAGCAUGGAAUUUUUGUCAGCGUUUGCAGCACUGAGACAAUCCAUGCGAGUCCUUGCUUUGAAAAUACAUCAGGCACGAUUACAUGGCGGAUUUGAAAAUACUGAAUUUAUGGGCCCUAUACAUGAAGUUACACAGAUGUUCAAAAGUCACGAAAUAUAUUCAAACUUGAAUUUAUUCUUAAUAAAAGUUGGAUGUCGCAAGUAUGGAAUAAGUUGGUUCAAACAGCUUUUGGGAUGUGAUGUAACGAAGGCACUGGUUCCUGUUUCUCUAGCUGAAGAGACUGAUGGCCAGUCUAUAUUUCUGGACAUAUUUUGGUCAGUGGUGUUAAGAUGGAAUGAACCAACUGGGGAUCAUUGUUCUAAUGAUCAUGCAGAAAGUGCUGCUAUUUCCCCCGAAAAUCUGGAUGAACGUGUCAAACUAGACCAUGAAUUACAAUCGAUACUAAACCAAAAUUCAAACAUUGGAAAAAUGUACUCAUACCUAAUUCAACUUCUGACACUGUCUGUUCAAGCCCUAGUCCAACAAAACUGCUAUCUCAUGGAUAUGCUAGAUAGUUUGGCAAAUGAUAAACCUUCAACAAGUAGUAUCAAAGCAGCAAAAAUAUUUGAAGAUACUGCAUAUGAAGUUCCGCAAGAAACAAUACUAUUUGUACAAGUUUUAAUAUUUUGUUGCCUACUCAUUGGCUAUACCAAAAACCCAAGAAAUGUAAAAAAGAUUCUGUCAGAUCCAGAUUCAAAAAUGGAUACCAGUGGCUAUUUGUUGCAAAAAUUGGAAGAUACUUUGAAGAAAUUUGUUGGAAAACAGGAUAUAAACGAUUUUAUUUUGUUCUUCUUCAGUCUUCUACACAGAAUAAUAGACACAAAAAAGGGCAUGGAAUCUCAAGAUCAUACUUGCUGGGCUACCGAUGUGGACAGAAAAAAAUGGAUUCAGGCAUUUCAUGUCCAAUACUUCCAAGAGAUUUUUCGAAAAUAAAGAGGGUUUAUUCCUACUGGCGAAAGAGACUUCCAAAAAAAUUUUGAUGCCUGUUUAUAAGAUGAUAAAUGAAGACUUACCACGACAAGAUUCAUUCCAGAAUGCAUUGGCAGAAUAUACAAUACCAUGCAGUAUUGAACAAGUGAAAAAAGAUAUGAAUUUUUCAGAUCAGGCAAGAACACUAAAAUAUAUCCUUGAGACGGAUAAUUUCGAAAUCACUGGAAAAGCUGGACCUGAUCAUAAAGUUUCAAAAUAUGCUAGUAAAAAGAUGCCAGUACAAAAAAUCUCUAAGUGAGUGCGAAAGAACAUGUAUUGGAGAUAUUUUACAUGAUGAAAAUGAGGAAAAAGUGCAAAAGAGUAUAUUUCCAUCUAUAACAAGUUACUUCCCUCAAUUUGUGAUGAGGCGGGGGAACUUUCUUCGGCAAGUUCAAUAUUAAAUUUCCUACCGUCCAACACUGAGGAGGGAGAAGGUGCAAAACAAAUUGUUCAACACAUGACAAAUAUCCCAAAACCAAGUUCUGGAAACCCAACAGGAUAAAAAU